AUGACAGUGAGGGAAACAAUUGACUUCUCAGCACGUUGUCAGGGGGUUGGAAGCAGAGCUGAUAUAAUGACUGAGAUCACUAGGAAAGAAAAAGAACAAGGAAUCUUCCCUGACCCAGAUAUUGAUACUUAUAUGAAGGCUAUUUCUGUUGAAGGACAAAGCGAAAAUCUUCAAACGGAAUAUGUUUUAAAGAUACUUGGAUUGGAUAUCUGUGCUGAUAGAGGCAUUUCAGGUGGACAGAAGAAAAGGCUAACUACAGUUCAGGCAUGCAAGCAACUGGUUUUGCAGUCAGAAACCUAUUUUCUUCAAGUGUCAACACAUUUUGCCAUUCAGAACUGA